AUGGGCGAAAAGGGCUGUGCACUCAGUAGACCUGCCGAAAAUCUAGUCAAUUUCAACAUUUCUUCCGAGCUCAACGACAAGCGCAACAUGCCUAGCGCACACAGCACAAGAAACAAGCCCAACCCGCCUCCCUCACAAACUGCGAAAGUGCAAGUGCUGGCUAUUCAGGGGCAAGCGGUUAGUGACGAAAACUCGAAAUAUGAGCAGCGAAUACUUGGCCGUAUCAAGAAAUGUCUCCAACGGGCUGAACAUCCAAACACUCCAGAGUCGGAAGCCUAA